GAGAGAGUGAAGAGAGGUGGAGGAGAGGCAGAAUCUAAAGCUUCUCUUGGAUUUUAUUAAGCUGAGGGCGCUUUGAGCUUUACCGAGGGGCCGGGAUGUGGUGGGGAGCCUCCGCGUGAACCGAAGAGUCUCGCCGGGAUCAGGAUCUGCAGCACUCCUCUCGCUCCUUUCCCUGCAUGUGGAUCCAUCCAGCAGCCCAGAGGCGGGGGGAAAUGACAGACGGCUGCCUCCUCGCUGACUAACGAUGCUGCUGGGUUAGCAAAGCCUGACCGAGAGGAGCCUCACCUUCAGACCCCGCGAACGCAGGCAGGCAGAGUCGGUUCUGUUCCAGCACAGCCAUGCUGAUCAAGGAGUACCGGAUCCCCAUGCCGAUGAGUGUGGAGGAGUACCGCAUCGCUCAGCUCUACAUGAUCCAGAAGAAGAGCAGAGAGGAGAGCUGCGGUGAGGGCAGCGGAGUGGAGAUCCUGGAGAACAAGCCUUACGAGGACGGCCCGGGAGGGUCGGGUCAGUACACUCACAAGGUCUAUCACAUCGGCAAACACAUCCCGUCCUGGUUCUGUGCCAUCCUCCCUCAGGCCGCCCUUCGUGUGGAGGAGGAGUCCUGGAAUGCUUACCCCUAUACACGAACCCGGUAUACUUGUCCAUUUGUUGAGAAAUUCUCCAUAGACAUUGAGACGUAUUACAAACCAGACACUGGAAAUCAAGCAGAUGUCUUCAAUCUAUCCUCUGCUGAAAAGAGACAGAGGACUGUCGAUCCUAUAGACAUUGUCAAGGACUACAUCCCUCCCCAUGAAUACCUGGUGGAAGAAGACCCCAAGCUGUACCAGUCAAUCAAAACCAGACGGGGCCCGUUGUCAGAGGACUGGAUCGAGGAGAUCAACCACAACCCUGGUCAGACCGUCGUCAUGUGCGCCUACAAGCUCUGCAAGGUGGAGUUCAGAUACUGGGGCAUGCAGUCCAAGAUCGAGCGCUUCAUACACGACGUAGGUCUCCGCAAAGUGAUGGUCCGAGCCCACCGGCAGGCGUGGUGCUGGCAGGAUGAAUGGUACGGUCUCACCAUCGAGGACAUCAGGCAGCUGGAGCUGGAAACCCAGCUAGCGUUAGCCAAGAAGAUGGCGCAGUACAGCCUGAAUGAGGAGGGGGUAGCAGAGACCAAUGGCUCCUCUGUUAGCCAAGAUCAGGAACAGCCGGGAGAGAACCUGGGGUCAGCUGCAGAGGUCGAGGGAACUCGAGGAAAGCUUGGAGAUUCUCUAGAGACGCGAGGGGAGCUCACCAAGCAGUGGUCCACCUCUUCCAGAUCGUCCAACAGGUCAUCAAAGAGAGGAACGAGUCCGUCUCACCACAGCAUUUCAGAGUGGAGGAUGCAGAGCAUUGCCCGGGACUCUGACGACAGCACUGACGACGAGUUCUUUGAUGCCCACGAGGACCUGUCGGAUAACGAGGACAUGUUCUCCAAGGAAAUCACCAAGUGGAGCUCUAAUGACCUCAUGGACAAGAUCGAGACAAUAGAAGUGGAUGAAGCACAAGAAGCGUAUCAGGAGUUGAGUGAGGACUACAGCGUCACUGAGGACACCCAGAUGGAGGACUGUCCGUCCCAGCAGUGUCCCCAGCCGUCCAAAAUCCACGUCCUCAUUCUGGUCCUGCAUGGUGGUAACAUACUGGACACCGGCUCUGGUGAACAGAACAGCAAGCAGGGAGACGUGAACACUCUCAGUGGGGCUUUUGAGACCGUGAUGAGGGUCCACUACCCUGCGGCGCUCGGACGCCUCACCGUCCGGAUGGUCCCCUGUCCUGCUGUUUGCGUCGACGCCUUCUCACUCGUCUCCAAUCUGAGUCCGUACAGCUACGAUGAGAGCUGUCUGUCCAGCAGUCAGGACCACAUCCCGCUUGCCGCUCUGCCUCUCCUGGCUACGUCUGCGCCGCAGUACCAGGACGCCGUGGCAACGGUCAUUCUAAGAGCCAAUCAGGUUUACAGUGACUUCAUCAAGUCUCCAGAAGGAGCUGCUUUCAGCGGCCAGGUGUGCGUCAUCGGGGACUGUGUGGGAGGGAUCCUGGGCUUCGACGCACUCUGCAGCAGCUCUGUGACGGUCUCAGAAAGCCAGAACAGCAGCAGGCGGGGCAGCACCAUCAGUGUCCAGGACACAGAACUUCUCUCUCCUGGUAUAAUCAUAAACAGCAUCUCCCCGUCGUCGCCGUCCCUCGAAGGCAGCCGCCACUUGAGCCGCAGCAACAUCGACAUCCCGCGCAGCUCGGGGCCCGACGACCCCAAGAACCAGCUGCCGCGCAAGCGCAGCGACUCCUCCACCUACGAGCUGGACACCAUCAAGCACCACCAGGCCUUCCUCUCCAGUCUGCACUCCAGCGUUCUCCACGGGGAGCCCGGGUCACGGCGCUCCAGCAACAGCACCAUGCUGGAGGGCGGCUCCCUGGGGAAGUUCGACUUCGAGGUGACCGACUUCUUCCUGUUCGGCUCUCCUCUGGGGCUGGUGCUGGCGCUGAGGAAGACCGUAGUCCCCUCCUUAGACGUGUCCGCCCUGCGUCCAGCCUGUCAGCAGGUCUACAACCUGUUCCACCCGGCCGACCCGUCUGCCUCCCGCCUGGAGCCGCUCCUGGACAAGAGGUUCCACCUGCUGCCCCCCUUCAGCAUCCCUCGCUACCAGCGCUUCCCCCUGGGGGACGGACACUCGGCUCUGUUAGUGGACACCGUUCAGAGCAACCCGCAGCUGCUGAUGGAGCCCGGCGGCGGGCUGUCUCAGCGUUCCCAUGACAGCCCCGCCAGCGAGACGUCCAUCCUGGUUCCGGUCCUGAACUCUCAGACCUCUCUGGUCCACGGCGAUGCUGACUCUCUUCAGUCUCAUCUCCAUGCUGAUGGUCUGUGUCCGACCUCCACAUCGCCAGGAGUCCCCCACCUCCGCUGCAGCCGCAGGGCCAGCGAGGCCAGCCUGGCCAGCCAGGUGUCGGGUCUGGCCGACUCCUACACAGCCACCAACAUCGCCACCACAAACAAAAGUCACUGUAAGAGGCCCAGCCUGCUGUCGCAGCUGCCGCUGCCGCACAGUAGAUUCGCCUCUCGGAGCGCGACUAUUCGCUUGCACAGCAAAAUCCGUCGGGUGUUCCCAAGAGCUAACGGUGUGGAGUCUGAGCCGAGCUCAGACCCUAGCUCUGACAUGACCUCUGACCUCACCGAUGUCACAUCUGACAUCACAGACCUCAGCUCGGUGCCCCCGUCGCCCCGGCUGCUGAAGAACAUAGAGCAAGUUGCGUCGCGGUGGUGGGGCAGUAAGCGCAUGGACUACGCUUUGUACUGUCCCGACGCUCUGACGGCGUUCCCCACCGUGGCUCUGCCACAUCUCUUCCACGCCUCCUACUGGGAGUCCACAGAUGUCGUCUCAUUCCUUCUCAGACAGGUAAUGAGACAUGAGAACUCAAGUAUUUUGGAGCUGGACGGUAAAGAGGUGUCUGAGUUCACGCCCUCCAAACCUCGGGAGAAAUGGGUUCGCAAGAGGACACACGUAAAAAUACGAAACGUGACGGCUAACCACCGCGUGAACGACGCCGUCUACACGGAGGACGGGGCGCAGACAGUGACGGGACGCUUCAUGUAUGGACCUCUGGACAUGGUCACUCUCACCGGGGAAAAGAUCGACAUCCACAUCAUGACCCAGCCCCCGUCUGGGGAGUGGGUCUACUUUGACACGGAGCUGACCAACAGCAGCGGACGCGUCUCCUACGUCAUCCCAGCCAAGAAGCGACUGGGCAUCGGGGUGUACCCUGUCAAAAUGGUGGUCAGAGGUGAUCACACGUUUGCAGACAGUUAUCUCACCGUCGUACCCAAAGGGACAGAAUUCGUCGUUUUCAGCAUCGACGGCUCGUUUGCUGCCAGUGUGUCUAUCAUGGGAAGCGACCCCAAGGUUCGGGCCGGAGCCGUGGACGUGGUGAGGUACUGGCAGGACCUGGGCUACCUGAUCGUGUACGUGACGGGCCGGCCUGACAUGCAGAAGCAGCGUGUGGUGGCCUGGCUCUCCCAGCACAACUUCCCUCACGGCGUGGUGUCCUUCUGCGACGGCCUCGUUCACGACCCGCUCAGACACAAGGCCAACUUCCUCAAGUGUCUCAUCAGUGAGGCCCACAUGAGGAUCUUUGCUGCCUACGGCUCCACCAAGGACAUCUCCGUGUACUCGUCCAUCGGCCUGCCCCCGUCUCAGAUCUACAUCGUGGGAAGACCAACGAAGAAGAUGCAGCACCAGUGCCAGUUCAUCCCAGACGGCUACGCCUCCCACCUGUCGCAGCUCGAGUACAAGCAAAGGUCUCGACCUGCCAAGUCCACCUCCACCCGCAUGGUCCUGAGGAAGGGCAGCUUUGCCCUCGGGGCGGCUGGAGGGGAUUUCCUCCGCAAGCGCAACCACAUCUUCCGCACCAUCUCCUCCCAGCAGCCAGGGGGCUCCGGCUCCGGCAGCCAGCCGGUACGGACCGAGCGCACACUGAGCCAAUGCGAAGGAGAGCGCGAGCGCUCGUUCGCCACCGCAACCCAGAGGAGCAUGAGCAUAGCGGCGGGUUGCUGGGGCCGCGGGAACAAGGAGGGGCCCAAGUGAAGUUUACGCACGGAGCCAAAGACGCUCUGUGAUCUCUGGACGGGACAAAGACCCGGACGGACCGGGUCGCAGGUCUGUAAGGAGGCAGAGAUCAAAGCGUUCUGUAGCAUGAUCCUCUUACCGUCAGACUUUUAUAGGAUGCAUCAUGUAAAUAGAAAAUGAAAUAUUAUAAGCCUUAAAUUAAUCUCGUCUAAUGGGACCGCCUCCUCUCCGUCCCAGCAUUCACGCUCAUGAGCUCAGGACUGUUUCAUCCUCAAUCGAACACAAGUCUGAUCCAAGAGGUGUCUGGCUUUUCUCCUCAACUUCUGCUCCACCGUUUCUGACAGCAGCUCCUCCAUGGCAUCAUGGCGAGAAGAAGCAGAAACACAGAUAAAUCAUUAAAAGGUUCAAAUCAAAACACAAAAGCAGAUAGUUUUGGUUUGUUUUGUAACAUGCGUGAAGAGGAACAAACUUUAUUGUCCUUUUUAUUCCCAACUAUAGAAGGAAAUAAAAGUUUUAUCUCUAGGUGUCUGUUAUGAGUACUAAGCUCCAGAAACAUCUUUAAGUCAUAAAACUAUAGUCAUAAAUAUGAUAAAUGUCACAUAUAGUUUAUCCUGUUGGAGCCUGUUUGUUUCCUAAACACUGCAAAAACACUAAAUCUUGCCAGUUAAGUAUCUUAGUACACUUGAAAUAAGACUAAAUAACUUAAAUAUAACAUUUUAGGAAGGUAAAUAAGCUUGUUAUAAGUCAAUCAUUUUUGCAUAUAAAUAAAAACUACUAGUUCCACUGGAAGAUUCUUCUUAAACAUUUAGUGAAAAAAUCCCAAAUAUUUAGCUUCAACUUGCUAAUUACAUACUUAGGAAGCUAAAUAUUUAGUGUCAAAGUACUUCAGAAAGAGUUAGUAAGCUCAAAAUUAAGUUAGCCAACUAGAUGUAGUUUGAAGCAAAAUUUUGUUUUAAGUGAAAAUAAGCUCAGUGAACAUUUAUGGCUCCAUUUAUUUCAUUUGGUAAUGUCUAGCCGUUGCUAGUGAAGAUUAGAUAGAAAAUGCUGGAAAACUUGUAGAGCUUGUAUUGCUAACACAGCUAGCAUAUCCAGUUAGCAACAAUUAGCAAAUCCAAUUUUUGGAACAUGAUUACAAUCUGAUCCAGUUCUGACUUCAGAGAUAAAAAUACAUCAAGAAUCAAACCAAAACUCUCUGCUUUUCUACACACUAAAAGAAAAAAAAGUCUAAUUUGGAAGUUUGGUUAAUGGACUGUGUCGUAUCUAGUCCCAAUUCCAGAACAGGAUUGUUUGUCAUCCUUAUUUUAUUUUUUUUUUCUCGGUACACAUUACAGGACAGCUGUAGUUUUUCUUCCUUUUCCUUUCAGCGUGGCCUUUUGGCCACAAAAGGCCUUAAAAUCCCACAAGACACUGACUCUACAGCGAGAACAGGAAGCAUUAAAACAGGGCAUGCAGCAUUAAAGCACCAACUGAACUCUGUACAGUCCACAGCAACUAUCCCUUUAUAUAACCAUCUGCUUGCAAUACCUCAGACCCACCUGCUGGUGGCGCUCUGCGACCUGCAGCCGGGAGUCAGACAGACGGCUUUUCCAAGCUUUGUGCUCUUUUUGUGUUUCCAAGUUAUGGACUCUGUGUUGCUGAUCGAGGACGACGACAUGGGAAGCAGGAAUAGUUUUUAUUGCACCAAAAUGGCCGAAGAAUACGUGGAAAUGUUUCAGCCUGAAUGUUUCGUGGUGCGUUCAGGGAUGAAUGUUGAGGUUUGGAGGAUACGCCUCGUACCUCUCCUUCGUCCAAGAUGACGUAUUAUGGGUUUUGCUGCUUUUCUUCUACUAAACUGUAGAUUUUCAUGCAAAAUGGACUUUUAAAAAGAGUACAUGUCAUGUCUGAUCUAGUGGAUGAAACGGAUGAUGAGUUAAAGGAAGGCUCUGUAGAUUAUUAGGUUUUAGGACAACAGUCAGGUGCCUGAAUGGAGACUGAAAUCAGUUCCGUUUGGGUCUGAUGUUCAUCUUGCUUUAAAAGUUAAACAUGUCCUGAGCACAAAAUGUGCUUCCAUUUUAAGUGAUGGAGGAGAAAUUGCCUCAGUAGUGAAUCAAAUUUUAAAACUAGAAAGAUUUGCGUUUCCUGCGAAAAUGCAGCUCGACUGCUGUAAGCAGAAUGCUUUCGGUGAAAACUGCAGAAGCAUUUGUAGUCCACUGCAGAAAACUUGCACAAAUGUAAGAAAUAAGCUGAAGCAGUGGGAAAACAGCAAGACGGUGUGCAAGAAUAUAGGAAAAAAUUAUUGAAAAUGACUGAAAACUUAAGUCAGUGCAAAAAAGUUCCAGUUAAGAGUUUCAGAUACUGUUACAGAACACUGUUUAAAAAGCUAAAUUAUAAGGUAUAAAGCUCAUAGUGCAGUCAGAGCAGAAUGUAACGAUGAUUUUAACUAACAUACUGCAAGUUGUGGUUUACUAAAUAUGUUUCACAAUAUUAAGUUACUCAUUUAGUUUGCAAACAGCAAAAUGCAACAGCCAUCUAAAAUAUUUAUGACAGCAUGUAAGCUACCACUAUUAUGUUGACAUGGAGUAACAAACUCCGUUCAGAAUGAAAAAUCCUAUGUAAAAGCUAAAAUUAGCCAAACUGCUAAUGCUAGCUAAAAUGCUCUCAAUAGCAAGUGGGCUAUCACCAACAUGUUAAUUAACAUCAACUCACUCCAUUCAGUCUAUGUUUUGGCUUUUAAAUGAAAAUGUGCUAAAAUGCUACAUUAUUAAAGAGGGCUAGCUCUAGCAAGUUGAUCUAUGGUAGCAUACUCCAUUCAAUAUGCAGAAACUCAUGUUGGUAAUGAUAGCAACAUGACAGUGUUACCUAACAUGUUGGCUAACAUUAGCAUAAUCCACUCAGUACAUCAAAAUUAGCUAAAAAGCUAAUGUUUGCUUCAAUGCUAUUAUCAUGUUAGCUAGGAUGUUGUGUAAACUUAACUUUGUCCAUUCAGUAAGUUAAUUUU